AUGGCGAGUGUUCGAAAGCCCCAAUCGAAUCAUCUCUACCACGAACUACCCCCAGAAACUUCGGUCAAGGCUCCCCGGGGUCCUAGCACCCGAGACCGUGCCACAAUUUCUCCGGAUAUCAUUAAAUUACGCGCCGCAUUCAACCUACUGAAGCGAGCCAAUCAAUGCACCCAAGAGAAUGCUACAUCAAAUUCGACCGCGUGCACCAGCGUCAAUGCCGCUACUACCGCGCUCGCCGCUCACCAUGGCCGCGUCCUGCGGGAAAGAGACACCCGGGAGUUACAGCGCGUUGCCCAGCAGGGACGGACCCGAGGCCGGUCCGUACAGAAUAGUUUGGUCAAUGUGAACAAUCUGCAGGAUGAAGUCGAGGCUAUUCUGAACCGCAUGAAGGAUCACCUUCGGCGGUUCCGGUAG